AUGAGGAUCGCGUCGGCGUGGCAGCUGCUCCUGUCGGCGGUGCUGUGCUGCUGCUGCUGCAUCGACGGCGCGGCCGGCCAGGGGUGGCGCUGCAGGUUCCCGGCCGUGUUCAACUUCGGCGACUCCAACUCCGACACGGGCGGCUUCUGGGCCGCCUUCCCGGCGCAGCCGCCCCCGUUCGGGGUCACCUACUUCGGCCGGCCCGCCGGACGCGCCUCCGACGGCCGCCUCGUCAUCGACUUCAUAGCUCAGGCCAUGGGGCUGCCGCUGCUGAGCCCCUACCUGCGGUCCGUCGGCUCCGACUUCCGGCACGGCGCCAACUUCGCCACGCUCGCCUCCACGGCGCUGCUGCCCAACACGUCGCUCUUCGUCACCGGCAUCAGCCCCUUCUCCCUCGCCAUCCAGCUCCGGCAGAUGAAGGAGCUCAGCAAUAGAGCGAUCGCCUCCGGUGCCACCAGUGGGCAACUUCCCCCGCCCGACAUUUUCGGCAACUCUCUGUACACGAUCGACAUUGGCCAGAAUGAUUUCACCUCCAACCUAGGGUCGCAGAGCAUCGGGAGUGUCAAGCGAACUCUUCCUUCAGUUAUCAGCCAGAUCUCGUGGGCUAUACAGGACUUGCACAGCAUUGGGGCUCGCAAAUUCAUGGUGUUCAACAUGGCGCCAAUCGGGUGCUACCCGGCCUUCCUCGUGGAGCUUCCACAUAGCAGCAACGAUCUGGAUGAGUACGGCUGCAUGGCAAGUUACAAUAGCGCGGUUGUCUACUACAAUGAACUGCUGAACAACAGCUUGGCCGAGGUUAGGAAGACGCUGCAGAAUGCGUCGAUCGUGUACGUCGACAAAUACUCUGCCAUGCUCGAGCUGUUCAGGCAUCCAGAAGAUCAUGGGCUCAAGUAUGGGACCAAGGCUUGCUGCGGAUACGGUGGUGGAGCUUACAAUUUUGACCCAGAUCUGUACUGUGGCACCAGCAAGAUUGUCAAGGGCAACAUUGCGAGUGCGACGGCCUGCGGAGACCCGCAGAACUACGUGAGCUGGGAUGGAAUCCAUGCCACAGAAGCCGCAAACAAUAUCAUAGCAUCUGCACUGAUGAGUGGCUACUACUCGUAUCCACCUUCCGAUCUUUCAAAACUUUGCCGGCCAUGA